AUGUCUCGUCGAAAGCAAGCGAAACCCCAGCAUCUCAAAUCGGACGAAGAGCUGCAAGCGGAGGUAGUUUCUGAGCACGCAGUCCCAGGAGAAGGAGCAGAUGAUGGUGAUAGUGGAAACGAGAGCAAGAGUGGAAGCGAAGAAACCAACGUUUGUGAGAAGUGCUGCGCCGAGUUCUUCAAGUGGACGGACUUUCUGGAGCACAAGAAGAGCUGCACUAAAAACCCCCUGGUGCUGAUCGUGAAUGAAGAUGAAGCAGCUCCACCCCCUGCUGAGGAGUUCCCUGAGCCCUCGCCUGCUAGCUCUCCUAGUGACCAGGCAGAGAGUGAAGCUGCUGAAGAAGGUGUCCAGGGAGAAAACAAUGAUAGCUCUGAGAUAAAAACCACAGAAAAGGAAGAAGAGCCAAUGGAGGUAGAAACUUCUGCUGAGAAAAGUUUAAAGAAUCAAGGCAUCUCAAACACAGCUACUCCUCUACCUCAGAUCCCUGAACUAUCUUCCAUGACAAGCUAUAACAUGCCAAACACCAAUGUCACACUAGAGACUCUGCUGAGCACUAAAGUGGCGGUUGCGCAGUUCUCGCAGAGCGCACGGACCACUGCUUCCGCGAGCAUCAGCAGCGGAGUGACGGCCGUGGCCAUUCCCAUGAUCCUGGAGCAGCUCAUGGCCCUGCAGCAACAGCAGAUUCACCAGCUCCAGCUAAUUGAGCAGAUCCGCAGUCAAGUGGCGAUGAUGAACCGCCAGCCACUACGGCCAUCCCUCAGUUCAAUUGUGGCUGCCCAUGGUGCUCCUGGGCAAGCAUCAAACCAGCUGCAGGGAUUUGCCACCGGCGCGGCAGUCCAGCUCACUGCAGUCAUUCCUUCUGCCAUUGUGGGGCAGGCCACCAGUGGUCAGCCUGCUGCCUUCGAUGGCUCCCAGCACAUCUCAAGACCUACAUCUGGAGCAAGUACACCCAAUAUAUCCAGCAGUGGUGCUUCUGCCCCACCUGAAUCAAGCAUACCCUCCUCCUCGAAUGCAAUUACAUCCAUAACUGCUGUUUCCGUGUCAAACAUUCAUAACAGUGCUUCACAGCCCCAGAAUGCUUCAACUCCACCCUCAAUAGGACAUGGAAGCCUCACCUCAGUGUCCAGCCUGCCAAACCCACUUCUACCUCAGACUUCAUCAAAUAGCGUUAUCUUCCCCAAUCCGCUGGUUAGCAUCGCUGCAACAGCUAAUGCGCUAGAUCCUUUGUCCGCCCUUAUGAAGCACCGCAAAGGAAAGCCACCAAAUGUGUCAGUGUUUGAACCCAAGUCAAGCUCUGAGGAUCCCUUUUUUAAACAUAAAUGCAGAUUUUGUGCCAAGGUCUUUGGAAGUGACAGUGCUUUACAAAUUCACCUCCGCUCGCAUACAGGCGAAAGACCUUUUAAAUGUAACAUAUGCGGAAACCGAUUUUCCACAAAGGGCAACCUGAAAGUUCACUUUCAGAGGCAUAAAGAGAAAUACCCUCAUAUUCAGAUGAACCCUUAUCCUGUUCCAGAAUACCUCGAUAAUGUGCCCACCUGCUCUGGAAUCCCAUAUGGGAUGUCGCUGCCCCCGGAAAAGCCAGUCACAACGUGGUUAGACAGCAAACCUGUUUUACCAACUGUCUCAACUUCCAUUGGGCUCCAGCUGCCACCCACUAUACCUGCUGUGAACAAUUACGGAGAUUCUCCAAGUAUCACUCCUAUGAGCAGGUCACCCCAGAGGCCUUCUCCUGCCUCCAGUGAAUGCACUUCUCUAUCCCCAAGCCUCAACACUUCUGAGUCGGGCAUUCCAGCUUCUGCCGAAUCCCCACAGCCCGUUCAGAGUAGCUCAUCUCUCACCAAGGCAGAACCUGUCACUUUGCCUCCCACGAGCACGCGGCUUGGGGACCUUUCUGUAAGUGGGCAAGUUUCCACAGCUUCCACGUCUUCAAUUCCAGCUGCUGUUACAGACAGCAGCGUUGCAACAAGCCUCCCUAACCCUGUGCUUCCAACAGUAUCUGACCAGUUUAAGGCAAAGUUUCCAUUCGGUGGUCUGCUAGACUCUAUGCAAACGUCAGAAACCUCAAAACUACAACAGCUAGUGGAGAACAUUGAUAAGAAGAUGACAGAUCCAAAUCAAUGUGUCAUUUGUCACCGUGUGCUUAGUUGUCAGAGUGCUCUCAAGAUGCAUUACAGAACGCAUACAGGAGAAAGACCAUUUAAAUGCAAAAUUUGUGGACGUGCCUUUACUACAAAAGGCAAUCUAAAAACACAUUUUGGAGUUCAUCGAGCGAAGCCACCACUUAGAGUACAGCACUCGUGUCCCAUUUGUCAGAAGAAAUUUACAAAUGCAGUUGUUCUUCAGCAGCACAUUCGUAUGCAUAUGGGCGGGCAAAUUCCUAACACACCAUUACCAGAGGGCUUCCAGGAUGCCAUGGACUCAGAGCUGUCCUAUGAUGAGAAGAAUGUUGACACACUGAGCAACUUUGAUGAUGACAUUGAUGAAAAUUCUAUGGAAGAGGACCCAGAGCUAAAGGACACUGCAAGUGACUCAUCCAAACCCCUUAUCUCAUACUCUGGGUCAUGUCCUUCUUCACCACCUUCUGUGAUCUCCAGUAUUGCUGCUUUGGAGAAUCAAAUGAAAAUGAUUGAUUCUGUUAUGAACUGCCAGCAGCUGACCAGUUUAAAAUCCAUAGAAAAUGGAUCAGGAGAAAGUGACCAUUUGAGCAAUGACUCCUCAUCAGCUGUUGGUGAUCUUGAAAGCCAGAGUGCAGGCAGCCCUGCAAUGUCAGAGUCUUCUUCAUCCAUGCAAGCUUUGUCUCCUGUAAAUAGCAAUAGCGAAAGUUUCAGAUCGAAGUCCCCAGGUCUCAGUAACCAGGAAGAGCCACAAGAAAUACAAUUAAAGACAGAAAAACCAGACAGUCCACCACCUGCAACUGAAAAUGGAGGAGCAUUAGAUCUGACAUCCACCAACCCUGGAAGACCGGUCAUCAAAGAGGAGGCUCCUUUUAGCCUGCUGUUCCUGAACAGAGAACGUGGUAAGUUUAAAAGUACAGUUUGUAAUAUCUGUGGCAAGCCUUUUGCUUGUAAGAGUGCAUUGGAAAUUCACUACCGCAGCCAUACUAAAGAACGUCCAUUUGUUUGUACAGUCUGCAGUCGUGGGUGUUCCACUAUGGGUAAUUUAAAACAGCACUUACUGACGCACAAAUUAAAAGAGCUGCCUUCUCAGUUAUUUGAACCCAACUUUACUCUAGGUCCCAGCCAAAGUACUCCUAGCCUGGUCACCAGUACAGCACCUACCAUGAUCAAAAUGGAAGUGAAUGGUCACAGCAAGCCGAUCUCUUUGGGUGAGGUUCCCUCGCUUCCAGCUGGAAUCCAGGUUCCUGCUGCACCACAGACAGUGAUGAGUCCGGGGAUCACCCCUAUGCUGGCGCCCCCCCCUCGCCGGACUCCCAAGCAGCACAACUGUCAGUCAUGCGGGAAGACCUUCUCCUCAGCAAGUGCACUGCAGAUACACGAGCGCACCCAUACUGGUGAAAAACCGUUUGGUUGCACAAUCUGUGGUAGAGCUUUUACCACAAAGGGGAAUCUUAAGGUUCACAUGGGAACUCACAUGUGGAAUAACGCGCCUGCACGCCGCGGCCGCCGCCUCUCCGUGGAAAACCCCAUGGCUCUGCUCGGUGGCGACGCACUCAAGUUCUCUGAGAUGUUCCAGAAGGAUUUGGCAGCUCGGGCCAUGAACGUUGACCCCAGUUUUUGGAACCAAUAUGCUGCAGCUAUCACUAACGGACUUGCUAUGAAGAACAAUGAGAUUUCUGUCAUACAGAAUGGAGGCAUUCCUCAGCUCCCAGUAAGUCUAGGUGGAGGCGCCAUCCCGCCUCUAAGUAACCUUACCGGUGGCAUGGACAAAGCUCGCACGGGCAGUAGCCCUCCCAUUGUCGGUCUGGACAAAGCAAGUUCUGAAACGGGAGCCAGUCGUCCAUUCACCAGAUUUAUUGAGGAUAAUAAAGAGAUUGGCAUAAAUUAAAAGCAUUCAUUCCGAAUAACUGUUGGACUGCUACUCGACACAACACUUGUCCUGUUCCAUGUACAGCUUUUGAAGCUAAGCAUUAGUUUCCUGACCUAAAUGCAUAGGUUCCCUUUAAAGUUUUACCCAUAGCAGAAAUACAUAACUUUGUGGCUGCUGAAAAGUUGUCUUGCAAGAUUUGCAUGGUACUUCUUUCAACAGUGAGAUUGACUGUUACAGAGAACUUUGAAAUCUUUUAAUUUAACAAAACACAAAAAAAACAAAUCAUGGGAUAACUUCAUUAGAAACAGAAAGAGGCUAGUCUACGUCUACUUUGCUUCUUACAAAACUUACUAUCACCUGAGAAAGGGGGGCUUCAUUACAGCAUUCUGUCACACUUAUUUGCUGGUUUUGUUCAAAUUAGUUAGCAACUUGGACUAUGGUUUUAGGAAUCUUAAUCUUAAAUAAGUGAUUUAGUACCCCAAUGCUGUGUAUUAUUACAGUAUCCUUGUCUGUAGUAUUUAUAAUGUUAAGAUUAUGCGGGUAACAGACAAUAUACUAGCCCCAAACUUAAAUGAAGCUUUUGUACUGCAAAAUACAUCUGACUAUGUGAUUUUUCCUUUUUUUCUUUUCUUUU